UUAUUUCAAGAUCUUUGAAGACCCAAGAAAAGCCGUGUUGACCAAAAAAAAAAAGCAAGACAAAUGACUCACAAAGAAAAAAGAUGGGGAAGCCAAGGGCAAUUAAAUCUGACUCAGGUUCUGAGCGGAUGCUGACUCAGUUGGCCUCCUGAGGGACAUGAUUCAGACUGUCCCGGACCCAGCAGCUCAUAUCAAGGAAGCGUUAUCUGUCGUGAGUGAGGACCAGUCACUGUUUGAGUGCGCCUACGGCACGCCGCACCUGGCCAAGACGGACAUGACUGCGUCCUCCUCUGGCGACUAUGGACAGACAUCCAAGAUGAGCCCACGCGUUCCUCAGCAGGACUGGCUGUCUCAACCCCCCGCCAGGGUCACCAUCAAGAUGGAAUGUAACCCCAGCCAGGUGAAUGGCUCAAGAAACUCCCCCGACGAGUGCAGCCUGGCCAAAGGCGGGAAGAUGGUGAGCAGCCCCGACACCGUGGGGAUGAGUUACGGCAGCUACAUGGAGGAGAAGCACAUGCCGCCCCCAAACAUGACGACGAACGAGCGCAGGGUCAUCGUCCCCGCAGAUCCUACACUAUGGAGUACAGACCAUGUCCGGCAGUGGCUGGAGUGGGCAGUGAAAGAAUACGGCCUUCCAGACGUCGACAUCUUAUUAUUCCAGAAUAUCGACGGAAAGGAACUGUGCAAGAUGACCAAAGACGACUUUCAGAGGCUUACCCCGAGCUACAAUGCUGACAUCCUUCUGUCGCAUCUCCACUACCUCAGAGAGACACCUCUUCCACAUUUGACUUCCGAUGAUGUUGAUAAAGCCUUACAAAACUCUCCACGGUUAAUGCAUGCUAGAAACACAGGGGGUGCAACUUUUAUUUUCCCCAAUACUUCAGUAUAUCCUGAAGCCACGCAAAGAAUUACAACUAGGCCAGAUUUACCUUACGAACCACCCAGGAGAUCAGCCUGGACCAGUCAUGGCCACCCCACCCCCCAGUCAAAAGCUGCUCAGCCGUCUCCUUCCACAGUGCCCAAAACUGAAGACCAGCGUCCUCAACUAGAUCCUUAUCAGAUUCUUGGACCAACGAGUAGCCGCCUUGCAAAUCCAGGGAGCGGGCAGAUCCAGCUGUGGCAGUUUCUCCUGGAGCUCCUGUCAGACAGCUCAAACUCCAACUGCAUCACCUGGGAAGGCACCAACGGGGAGUUCAAGAUGACAGAUCCGGACGAGGUGGCCCGGCGCUGGGGAGAACGGAAAAGCAAACCCAACAUGAACUAUGAUAAACUCAGCCGGGCCCUCCGCUACUACUAUGACAAAAACAUCAUGACCAAAGUCCACGGGAAGCGCUACGCCUACAAGUUUGACUUCCACGGCAUCGCCCAGGCCCUGCAGCCCCACCCUCCAGAGUCUUCCCUGUACAAGUACCCCUCGGACCUCCCUUACAUGGGCUCCUAUCACGCCCACCCACAGAAGAUGAACUUUGUGGCCCCCCACCCUCCGGCCCUACCCGUGACGUCGUCCAGUUUUUUUGCUGCCCCCAACCCAUACUGGAAUUCCCCCACAGGAGGCAUCUACCCCAAUGCUAGGCUCCCAGCCAGCCACAUGCCUUCGCAUCUGGGCACUUACUACUAAAGACCCGAGAGAGGCCUUUCUCAACCACAUGCAUCACCAAUAAAUUGCCACAAACUCUGUUGUAGAACAUGAAUCAGAAGUGCCUCAAGAGGAAGGACCACGCUUGACUGGGGCUGGGGGAGGACGCCGGGGAAGAGGUUCAAAGACUCUUAGCGGGAGGGGAUGACUGAAGUAUUGCUACCAAAAUCAAGAGGAUGCUACCAAUGUAAUGCACACGGGCGUAUCAUCUGUGACCAACCUUGUAAAAGACAUUGUAAGUAGAAGCAUGAAGUCACAAGGACAAAGUGCCAAAGAAAAUGUUCUGAAGGUGUGUGGAGACUUUAGAGUGGACUCUGGGAUCCUGCUCGUGCAAACUGGGGUUCAAGUAAAGCGACAGAGAUCACACAGUCUGGACCGAACAUGCCGUUUCUCAUGUCAUUUUAA